AUGAGCGGUGGCGAACCGAAACCACCACUGAGGGACAUCGGUGGGGGUCUCAGGUAAGUCACUGAAGGGGUUUGGGUGGUGGGAGGGAGAGGGGACCUGCAGUGCCAGGAAAACAGAUUUUUUUUCCUGGCACUGGAGAGUCCCUUAAGUUAGAAAUCUGACCCAAAUAUUCAGUGGAGGAUACAUUUUACUUUCUAAAUGUCAGAAUAGCCUUAAAACUGAAUAUCACUAAUGUUAGUCCAUUUAGGUGGCUGUAACUCGCAAUUUCUUCAGCAUUAAUAAUGUAUAGUGUAUUAUCAAUGUCAUUAUUAGUCGAAUCUGAACCCAGCACACUCAGCCAAUAACCGCCGUCCAGGCUGAAAAAACUGACUUUGGUAAUGCAGAAUGGGUAAUUCCUCGUUGUGCCGCAGCUAAAGAUGGGGGAACUUGGUGAACAACUCCGGUUUAUAACAAACCGUUCCUAUGUGAGGGCUGGGUCCAAGAUACUCUGAGCAACACAAACGCUACAGAGAUGCAGUGGUUAUGGUGCUUAUUAUAUCAGUUUAAUUCGGUGGAUAUAAUGGUUUAUUUUAUUUUUUUUCUCAGUUUCACCGCGAUGGCAAGGAUCUGGAUAAGUUAGUCGCUUGGAUGAAUCAAUAUCCAGAUGCUUUCCCUAUGUGGGUUGGUAAACUGUUUGGUCACCUGACCGUCACAAACCCAGAAUAUGCCAAGGUUGUGCUUGGAAGAUCAGGUAGGUACUAAUUUAAAGCUCAUCUCUGCACAACAAUCUUUGCAAAUACACAUGUGGCAAUUGGUACGUCCAGGCACAUCUAAUGGUAUGGCCCUCCCUCUCCCUAAAUGCUGAAUUUAAUCAAACCUCAAAGAACAUUCGCCCAUAGAUGAUGUAUUCUCUGUGUGAUGGAGAGUAAAGAGACCUUCAUCCAGGUCCGGCCAAAGGCAUUGGGCUUCCUGAGUCCAAGUAUAAUAUUUAGCUGCACCCCUCCCCAUAAAAAGCCUUGUAGACAUCCAUUAUGUUAUUCAGUGUGUGUGUCGUGGAUGCAAAGUGCGUGUGAAUAUUUUUGCUGACAUUUUGCAGUUCGAUUCUAGCUCAAUUUUGGUUAUUGUUGAAUAAACCGUGAAGAUGUGGAUAACUGAACCAAUUUUGGCAUAUUGUCACCUCUCUUUAAUUACCAAGAACCCAUAACCUGCCAAAGGUCUCUAAAUGUAAAAGGCAGUCCUUCAUCUCUGGACGGGAUGUAAAAAUGUACUUAUUUUCAAUAGUAGAAUGCUUUACUAAUUUUAUAACCAUUUCAUUAUUACUCUGUUACAACUGGCUGUUCUAUUUUGUGACUUAUCUACUGGAAGGCAUUAACCAUUAGUUUUGCAUCCAAUUUUACAGAUCCCAAAACCUCUACUGGUUAUAGGUUCCUGAUUCCUUGGAUUGGUGGGUAUCUCAUUUAUUUUGGCAUAUUGAAGUGAGAGGAUCCUUUGCAAUGUUUGGGAGGGGGGUUUGUAUCACAUGUACAUGUUACGCAGCUACCCUUCACCCCAUGUCUCUAUUGAGGGUCAAUUAUAUUGCAGGUUUUAUAAGCAUACUCCUUUCUUUCUCAUUAAGCUGGCUUGGUUUGAUAUUGGGGUGGGGGGGGGUUGGGAUAGUUAUAGAGGUUGUUGUUGUUGUUGUUGUUGUUUUUUCGUCUUUGGUUUUAUUCGUAUGGUGAGUUAAAUAUUAAAGCCACUGCUGACUGCCAAGAAUAGUGGUAGAUUAAGCCAUGGGCUAAUCUGUGGUUUUUAAAUUACUUAACAGGUGACCUGGUAGCAUUGGGUAAAGUUAUAUGGUAAUAAUUAGUCACAUUAUAACCUGUGUUAAAAAUAAACAUAUUACCUGCUGCAAUAUUCAGAAGAGGUCUAGGUUUGGGAAUAUUAGUGGAAGCAAUCUAUUCUGCAAGAUAGAUGGUUUUAAUUAUUUACACUUUGUACACAACUGUUCUAAAACUCACAUAUUAACUUUCUAGAUGUCUUACAACACUGUUAUCCCGAUCAUUACUGGAUGUUCCUUUUGUAUCAAUCUGUUUGUGUAUAUGUUACAGUUAAAGUGAGAAAUUGGUUAAUGUGCACAUUAACUAAUCUGCAGAUUAACUGAUUUGCUCAGUUAAAGUGCGGAAUCAAGAGUUUUCUGCACUUUACCUAGGUAAUGUGCACACUAACUGCUUCCGUCUAGUUAAAGUACAAAAUGUUUAUUUGUUUCUUUCCCUCGGUAAAAAGAGGAAUUCUUUAUUACAAAAAACGUCCUUGCAGAACCAUGUUUCACCCUUUCAGUGCAGUCUCUGCAGAGUCGUUCACUUCUCGUCUGA